UUCCAUCGGGAUCGAUCAUUUCGACCUGAAAGUGAAAGUAGAAACACGUUUUCUCAGCGAGGGAAGGAUGGCAGACAAUGCAGAGGACGAUGACUGGUUCUUUGAUUCAGUAACGAGGUACAAACAACUAUACAUGUACAACCUCCAGUAUCCAGUAACAGCUUUAGACUGGAUUAACACGAAUUGUGUCUGUGUUGCCACACGCGGGAGACCAACACACCAUGAAUUAUCAGAACUAAGCCUUCCAGAAAAACUCUGUACAUCUGAAGAUCUGGCAUUGUCAAAGAACCGAGAUUUCCAGGUUCUCUCGGGUGGGUUCAGUUCCUCUGAGAUCUGUGACAUUAAGCACAUCCCAGGUACACGGUUAAUAUGUUCAAGUUCAAAGAAGGGUGAAGGUCAUGUGGACGUCUUGAAGUUAGGAAGUCUUCACACGGAUCUCAUUGAAGUAGAUAGAAAGCUAAAAAACAAGAAGCCUAAAGGGUCAUGGUCAUUGAUAGCAGUGCAGGACCAGAAUCAUGUGAUAUUUGGUUCCCAUGGAGACAAUCUUUGUUGUGGAGAUGUAAUGACCACAGAUGUUUUACAAGACACUUGUGAAUGUUCCAUGACUGAUAAGAUUUCAAGCAUGAGAAAUGUACACCCACAUACAGUAUGUUGUUGCUUGACCGAUGGAAAAAUACUCAACUGGGACAAACGGGAAAAUACUCCUAAUGUCUUUGACACAGGGUGUGACCAUUCUGUGCAGUGGACCAUGGACCUUCUUGGUAAUGAUAUGAUUCAACUGUCAUCAAGGGGUCAUGUUCAGUGGAUUGAUAUGAGGAAACCAAAUCAAGCAAUAUACUUGAAUAAUACUGGUUUAUCUACAAAUGAUGCUCAGUUCCUGAGGAUCCAUUUAAAGAGGCAGAAUGGAUCUCCUGAUCAGUACUCAAUUUCAGGAUUUGAUGGAAAUGUAUACCUCUACAGUAGACAGUCACAGACUCCAUUAUUUGUUCAUGAAGGACACGCUAGAAACAGCAGUGGUGACCCUUCAGAGGUUAAAGUUGUGACCCAUUUACACCAUCCAAUGGAAUGUGUAAUUCUGUCUGCUGCUACGGACGGUUCGAUACAUGCGUGGCGACAAACAUGAUAAUGACUUGCGGUUCACAUGACUUUUAUAGAUCUUCAAAAAAACGGAUUUAGAAUGGACACUCCAUGGAAGAUUUUAUUUUGAUAGGAAAGCACAUUGUUUUCCGGUUGAUUUGAGAUCGCCAGUCACAGAUGUAAUUUCAUUUUAAAAGCAGAAUCUGAACCCCAAACAUUUCUGUGCGCUUUGCUUCAACUAAGUGUGGCCCCAUUUUCAUUUUACUGUGGCCCAUUUUCACCUUAGUGUGGCCCCAUUUUCAUUUUUACUGUGGCUCAUUUUCACCUUAGUGGGGCCCCAUUUUCACUUUAGCUCAGCCCUGUCUUCACCUUCGUGGUCCAACUGUUUGAAAGUUGCAACUGUAGACACGGGAACGGUUCUCAGUGUGAAAUGUACAAGUAUGAAAGCAAGGAGUGAAAACGUUAUCCCGACAUUCACUGUAGUGUCGGGAACAUGUAGUAACUUGUACAGUCAUUUUUAUAAUUGUUGUUAUGGAAUAUCGUCUUCAAUGUUAUAAAUUCAUCGAUUGAAUAUUAUGAAUAAAAUACACCUAUGGGUAAACAUA